GAUCCAUAAUUAUUCGUGGUGUAAAACAUAUUGAAGUGACGUGUCGCUGUAUUGCUCCAAAUAUCGAAAGUUUAUAUGCUAAAAGAUGAUUACGUUUAAGCGCGAUAAGAAAGAAGAGGAAGACGGUGGUGGCAAUCCUUUUCAAAAUUUGGAAAAAACUACAGUUCUACAAGAAGCGCGUACAUUUAAUAACACUCCUGUCAAUCCAAGAAAAUGUGCCCACAUUCUCACCAAGAUUUUAUAUCUGCUGAAUCAAGGCGAACAAUUGGGUACGACAGAAGCUACAGAAGCCUUCUUCGCUAUGACCAAGCUGUUUCAGUCACGUGAUGUCAUAUUGAGACGAUUAGUUUAUCUAGGAAUUAAAGAAUUGAGCUCUUUGGCAGAAGAUGUGAUAAUAGUCACUUCCAGUCUUACAAAAGAUAUGACUGGAAAGGAAGAUUUGUACAGAGCUGCUGCAAUUCGGGCACUUUGUACCAUUACUGAUGCCAGUAUGUUGGCAGCCAUCGAACGAUACAUGAAACAAGCCAUAGUUGAUCGUUCACCAGCUGUGUCUAGUGCUGCUCUUGUUUCUUCAUUGCAUUUGACAAAUGUAUCCAGCGAUGUUGCGAGAAGAUGGGCAAAUGAGGCACAGGAGGCAUUAAAUUCCAAUAAUAUGAUGGUCCAAUAUCACGCUCUGGGUGUUCUCUAUCAAGCGCGUAAGGCAGACAAGCAUGCGGUGAUCAAGCUGGUUGCCAAACUUAUGAAAACAAGUCCGAAAAGCCCUUAUGCGGCGUGCAUGUUAAUUCGAAUGGCUUAUAAAUUAUUGGAUGAGGUAGAUGAGGGCGAGGAAUUAAUGGGAUUUAUAGAGUCGUGUUUACGUCAUAAGUCCGAAAUGGUAGUAUACGAAGCGGCCCAUGCUUUGGUCAAUCUCGGACGAAGCGGUGCUAGAGAAAUUGGACCAGCAAUUAGCGUCCUGCAAUUAUUCUGCGGCUCGCCGAAACCGGCACUUCGAUUCGCCGCUGUCAGAACUUUGAAUAAAGUUGCGAUGUCUCAUCCAGCAGCAGUCACAGCGUGCAAUUUGGAUCUUGAAAACUUGAUCACAGAUUCUAACAGAUCGAUUGCCACUCUAGCAAUCACUACUCUUUUGAAAACUGGAGCGGAAAGUUCCGUCGAUCGUUUAAUGAAGCAGAUUGCCACUUUUGUGUCGGAAAUUUCGGAUGAAUUUAAAGUAGUAGUAGUACAGGCCAUUAGGGCUUUAUGUCAAAAGUUCCCUCGCAAGCAUGCAGUUUUGAUGAAUUUCCUCUCUGCUAUGUUGAGAGACGAAGGCGGACUCGAGUACAAAGCCGCAAUUGCCGACACUAUUAUAGCUGUAAUGGAAGGGAACGCAGAAGCCAAGGAAGCGGGGCUCGCACAUCUCUGUGAAUUUAUCGAAGAUUGCGAGCACAUCUCUCUCGCCGUGCGUAUUUUGCACUUACUCGGCCAAGAGGGUCCAACGUCGAAACAACCGUCGAGAUACAUCCGUUUCAUCUAUAAUCGCGUUAUCCUCGAAAGCGCCAGUGUGCGCGCCGCAGCCGUCACCGCUUUAGCGCGUUUUGCCGCCGCCUGUCCACCUUUACUUCCGAACGUUUUGGUUCUACUAUCGCGCUGUCAAUUGGAUUCGGACGACGAGGUUCGCGAUCGUGCAGCUUAUUAUUGCACGAUCCUUCAACAACAAAAUGAUCCGACCAUAUUGCCCCUUGUGCAACCACCUUCACUGUCCGUGCCGACUUUGGAGAGAGCUCUACGAAAUUAUAUGCAGACAUCUAUGGAAGAUUCGUUUGACAUUUCUCAGAUACCCCCAGCUCAGACGAUAGAGGAACCAACACAGGUCGAAGUUCACACCACUGUGAAACAGCCUCGCUUGACCAGAGAGGAAAGCUACACGGAGAAAUUAUUACAAAUUCCGCAUUUGGCGAUAGUCAUUCGAGACAUGCCGCUGCUUAAAUCUUCGCCAGUGUUUGAACUGACUGAAUCCGAAACGGAAUACAAUGUUAAAUGCAUCAAGCACACAUUCCCUGAGUAUCUUAUUUUGCAAUUCGACUGCGUGAAUACUCUCUCCGAUCAACUUCUCGAAGAUGUGAUGGUGGCCGUCGAACCUUCCGAAGGUUAUUCUGUCGUGUGCGUGGUGCCGUGUCCGCAGUUACCUUACAACGAGCCAGGAACUACCUACACAGUAUUAAAAUAUCCCGAAGAUGUACGCGCUAGCGUCGCUACCAUUCCCACGACUCUUCGAUUCAUGGCGAGGGAUUGCGAUCCUACGACAGGAAUACCAGAUGCGGAUCAAGGAUAUCAUGACGAAUAUAUGUUGGAAGAUUUGGAGGUGACUCUAGCCGAUCAAGUGCGUGGCAUUGGUAACAGAGGUUUCGAUUUUAAUACCGCUUGGGACACAUACGCUGCGAAAGGAUUUAUGAAAUUAGAAGAGACGUUCGUCUUGGGAGGUUCGGUGACGUCUUUGGAAGGCGCGAUUCAAAGUCUCACGGGAUUCUUGGGCUUGGAGGCUGUGGAACGCAGUAAUAAAGUACAAAGCGGAGCGACUGCGCACAAUUUGCUUUUAAGCGGUAUCUUCCGCGGACGAAAGGAAGUAUUGGCACGUGCAAGAUUGGCAUUGAUUGGGACGCAAGUUACAAUGCAGAUAUCUGUGCUUUGUCAAGAUCCAGAUGUUGCUGACUUGAUAGUCUCAGCCGUAGGUUAGAGAUUGCAGUAGAAUAAUCUCUCUUUACGACAUAUACUUUUAAAAGAAAUAUAUUCAUAUUCGUUGCUGUAAAAUGAUUUUUAUAAUAUAAGAUUAUCGUUAUAUAGAAGUUGUCAUAAAGUAUUGCUUUGUUCUACUGUA